GCGAGCCGAAACCAGAGAGCGAGCGGCGGUUCCUGCCUCCAUGAAUGAGAGGUCGGUCGGACCCUUCAUCCUGCAGCCUAACGCCCGCUCCCAGGGCUGUGGAGAAGCCAGAGGAGCCUGCCGCUGAUGAUCCCCGGACGGCCGGAGCUCCCUGUAUGACCGCUUCAUCCCACCGGGAGCCGCACGACGGGAUCAGGAACGAUGCUUGACGGACUCCGGCGGAGGCAAGCCUCCCGGUCCUCCCCCAGACCCCUCUCCCUCAACUUCAGCACCUUCUCGGUCCCACCCCCGAGCCCGGACAUGGACAGCAGCAGCACCGAGCAUCCAUUCAGGAGGACUCUGCACCGGCUGAAGUUGAUGAGCUCUCCAAGCCUCAGUGAGCUCGGUAAGAGUGAGAAAAGUUCACCAGAGGACAGAGGGGAGAAGCAGAAGAGGGCUGGCGCCAACGCUACCUGGAACAGCAUCCACAACGCUGUCAUAGCAGUCUUCCAGAAGAAGGGAUUGGCCGAUAAUGAACUCUACACCCUGAAUGAAGGCGUCCGGCACCUUUUGAAAACUGAGCUGGGAUCUUUCUUCUCAGAAUAUCUUCAGAAUCAGCUUCUGACAAAAGGAAUGGUCAUUCUUCGGGACAAAAUAAGAUACUAUGAAGGUCAGAAGUUACUCGACUCUCUGGCAGAGACCUGGGACUUCUUCUUCUGUGAUGUUCUCUCCAUGCUGCAGGCCAUCUUUCACCCAGUCCAGGGUAAGGAGCCCUCUGUCAGACAGCUGGCCUUGCUUAAAUUCAGGAACACCAUAGUCCUGAGCGUAAAGUUGGAGGACGCCUUGUCUCGACCGCGGGCCCGUGUUCCCCCCUCUGUCACCCAGAUGUUGCUUAUACUGCAGGGCGUCCAUGAGUCACGGGGUGUUAAUGAGGACUAUUUAAGGCUGGAGUCUCUGGUGCAGAAAGUGGUCUCACCCUACCUGGGCACCCAUGGUCUUUACUCUGGAGAAGAGGACGACGACCACUGCUGCGUGUUUGACAAGCGUGUGCCAUGGGGCUGGCCCAAGUCUGCAGACCAACCAUCCAAAAACCCAGUGGUACGAUCCAAAAGCUACAACAUCCCCCUGCUGCUGACGCCGGUGGCUGAGUACGACCCAGAUGCGAGCUCGGUCGGGAGCGGAGGGAUUCGUCGCCACUCGGCUUGUGAGAUCAUAUCGUGCCUGGAGGAACAGGGGCUGACCUACUCUGACCUGGCUCCAGGAUCAGAGCUGUCUGGUCCCUCCUCCAACAGACUCUGUGUGGGCACUCAGAUUAAUGGGAUUGUACAAGCAGGAGCCGGUGCCAUGGACUUGGCUCUGUCGUCUCCUUCCAUCCUUCAUUCCUCAGGAGCGCUCCACGGCACAGAGGCCACCACAACAGUGACUGAUCUCAGUAGGGGGGCUUCCUCCUCGCCACCCAGCGAAACGUCCAGUCCUGAAACUAUAAUCGGACAAGUUCCGGAGUCUGCCGGCUCAGACUCAGACGGGAUAUUUAUUGAUUUCCCUUCCCACUCUUCUGGCAGAAACAGCCUUACGUGUGAGAGCAGGCAGAGCACUGUGUAGCUGGGGUCUAUGUAAGGGACCCACAGCGAGUGAGUGUGUGGAAAAUUCUGGUAGAAUUUGGAGGGGAAAAAAGAUAUGAAUACAUUUCAGCAAAAAGGUACAUUUUCCGUUUUUUUUCUUUUAUACUGACAUUUUCAAAAACUUUCUUCAUAUGUGGAAAAUAUUAUUUCAAUUCUUCUGUGAAACUUAAAGCAGCUAAGGAAAGCAAAAUGAUCAUACAUGUCCGGGUUGACAUGAAGCGGUACCGAUGACUAAAGAGGUGUUAAUCCAAAACAACAAAAAAUGUUCACUAUUUUAAAAAAGUCCAACAUUUUAACAAGAUGAUGCAGUCAA